CUCGAUGUAGCCAAUGCAUAGUGGUAGAAAGGCAUUAUGUAUUCGACUGCAGAAUGAACUUUUGCUUAUCAAUACAAACAGCGAAAGUAUUAAUUUAGCAGUGAAAAUAUUUCAGUAGAUAUAUGUGUUGAGUGUGUCAAACUAUUUUCAAGCUUUCUGUGUAGAAAAAAAAAAAAAAACAAUUCGAAGAAAAAUGUCUGACACCGAAUAUGAAAAGUUUGAGAUAAACGAUUACGAUUUGGAAAAUGAAUUCAAUCCAAAUCGAAUGGGUCGAAGGCGACCGACAAAAAAUCAACAAAUUUAUGGAAUUUGGGCUGAUGAUGACAGUGAUGAUGAUGCUGGACAAAGCACAUCUAAAGGUCGAAACCGGACCAAUGUACGCAAAGCAAAAGAUUAUGCGGCGCCCAUUGGUUUUGUUGCCGGUGGCGUUCAACAAUCGGGAAAGAAAAAAGACGAAGAAACCAUGAAAUCAGAUGAAGAGAAAUCAAAUGAUGAUAAGGGCGGCAAUACAUCAAGCGAAUCGGAGAGUGAAGCAAGACCACAAAUAUCGUUUGGUGGCGGCAAGAAAAAUCAAUCGAGUUUUCAAUUCACAUCUAAUUCAAUAUCGAAUCGUGGUUUGGGCGGAUGGGAGCAGCAUACUCGUGGUAUUGGGGCCAAACUUUUACUUCAAAUGGGUUACGAGCCGGGAAGAGGUUUAGGCAAAGAUUUACAAGGUAUUUCACAACCCGUACAAGCUCAUGUGCGAAAAGGACGUGGUGCUAUUGGUGCUUAUGGCACCGAACAACCUGGUCAAACGAUUGGCGAUGCAAAAUCAAAUAAGCCAAAAAUUGACGACGAUGAAAGAGAGGCCAAAGAGUUUAAAGAGAAAAUGGACCAAUGGCGAAAAGAUACAAACGACUCAAAAUCGAAGAAGAAGCGAAACUAUAAAAGUGUCGAAGAUAUUAUUGAGAAAGGAAAGAAACCAACUUAUAUACUUUCAGAUAAGUUGAGUUCAAAGAUGAACACCGUUGUGAUUGAUAUGACUGGUCCUGAAAAGCGUGUAUUAAGUGGUUAUCAUGCACUAGGUCAAACUAAAGUAGCCGAUGAAAACCUGUAUAAGGAACGCACGGUUAAGGAAUGUACCAAUUUUAGUUUGCCAGAACUGACACACAAUUUGGAUCUGAUACUGGACUUGUGCGAACAGGAAAUCAUUCAAAUCGAUAAAAAUCAAAAGACAGCUUCCGAUCGAAAAGUUGUGUUGCGUCAAGAUAGAGACAGUUUGGAGAAAAUUGUUAAAUUAGAACAGGAUCAUAUUGAAACGAUUGAGCAUGUGUUGGAAUUGGUUGAAUCAUUGACAUCACCAAAGCAGCCGUUAACAUUGAGCGAAUCAGCAGAGAUUUUCAUGGGCAUACUCAAUGAUUAUCCUGACGAAUACAUAGAGUUUGGACUUUCGGAUUUGGUUCCCGGUGUGAUUGCACCAUUAUUUCAACAAGAAUUACGUGAAUGGGAUGUUUUUGAAAUGCCCGCUUAUCCAGUGAAGCUUAUCCAACGCUUUGAAUUUUUAAAUGAUAAUAAAAGUGAAAAUAACAUUUUCAGUCCAUAUUCGUCGUUGAUUUGGUUUGGCAUUAUUCCAAAUAUUCGCACAGCCAUCAACGAAUGGAAUCCAAGAAAUCAUGAACCAAUGGCCAAUUUGCUUGAUAUUUGGGCAAAAUUAUUUCCAGCCCAUAUACUUGAUAAUGUUCUUGAAAAACAAAUUCUACCGCGAAUUGUAAAGGGUGUUGAACUAUGGGAUCCGACUACGGAUACUCUUCCGGUCCAUUUUUGGGUCACACCUUGGCACACGUUACUCGGCGCAAGUAUGAAGGAAACUGUUUAUCCAGUGAUUAUGGAAAAAUUGAGCAAAGCACUUGUUUCAUGGUCACCAUCAGAUGGGUCAGCACGGAACAUAAUUUCACCUUGGAGCGGCAUUUUUCCAGAUUCAGACUUUCAAAAUUUUUUACAAAAAAAUAUUGUUCCGAAAUUGCAGUUAGUUUUAUCCGAAUUAAUCAUCAAUCCACUUCAUCAAGAUAUGCAUCAAUUCAAAUGCGUAUGGGAAUGGCAUGAAUUAAUAUCAACAUCGGCAAUGUCACAGAUGCUUUCCAAGUAUUUUUUCCCAAAAUGGAUGCAAACCCUUGUCAUUUGGCUCAAUCAGAAUCCAAACUUCGAGCAAGUUUCACGAUGGUAUUCGGGAUGGAAAUCACAAUUUUCCGAUGAGAUUCUACAACAAAAUACAAUAAAAGAGCAUUUCCGUCGUGCUCUCGAUUUAAUGCAACGUUCAACCGGCGCUAUUCUACCGUCAAAUAUGCAAAUUCCAACACCGAUUAUCGAACCAAUUGUGAAUGUACCACCGCCACCAUCACUUAUGGAUUUACAUAUUGCACCAGCACCACAACUCGAAUUCAAAGAACUGGUUUCACAAAAAUGCGCAGAACGUGGAAUCAUUUUUGCACCGAUGCCGGGUCGACGGGAACAUGGCAAACAGGUCUAUCGUGUUGGCAAACUAUUUUGCUACAUCGAUCGCACUGUUGUGAUGUUGAGUGACGGUAGUUUCGUUAAUUGGAUACCAGUUUCAAUAAAUUCGCUACUUGACCGAGCCAUUACCGGAGCAUUUUAAUUCAUAAAACUCGUCUGGAUUUGUUUAGUUUUUUUUUUUAUUUCACAUAAUUUUUUGUAAGU